CUUCUUACUACCAAUCACCCAACCGCCCUUUGUUUCAAACCCGCCCACUUUAUCACCCACAUGAGAACCCAUAUGAUAAUGACUACCAAUUAAAAAAUGGGUCUGACUACUAUCCCUAUCAUGAGGAACCACCAUAUGAUACCCCGUCUCGAAACUUUGGAUAUUUUUCUAUAUCAAGACACUGAUGGGGAUAAUUAUUCUGAACCUCAUGAAGAGCAAAAUGACUACGACCAAUAUGGGCCUAUGUACAACAACGAACCUGAUCCACUCGUCGAAGAAAUCAUAAGAUUAGAACAGAAAAUUUUCUAUUUCGAAGAAGUUCUAUUUGCUGAAGGCUCCUGGUACGAACCACCCUACUUCUGUGACUACACCCUGUUUGCUGAAGAACAAAUUGAAGCAAAUAAGGUGGCAAUUCGAGAAAGAGCAAAACUUCUUGAAUCAGUCCGGAAGGAAAAGGAGUUUGAAAGGAGAUUAUGCGAAGGAUCAGAAUUGAUGCAGAAAAUGCUGGACGACUUCCAAAGAGAGAGACUAGAAGUCGAGCCUAAAGCUGAUAAAUUAGUCAAUGAUCUCUGUAAGGCUAUUGAGCUAAAACGCUCCCUCCAACCUCAAGAUCCACAAAUUGAAGAAGUUAAUGCUCAAAAAGAGGCUCUAGAACCUAAGACCAACCCUGAAUCAUUCAAUCAUCAAGUUCCAGUUCUAGAAGAUUCACCCAGUUCUGAACUAUCACAGAAACCCGAGAGCAUAACAACUCUCGCUAGGGCUAAUGUGGUGAUGUUACUUGAAUCCCUUCCUAGCCAAGUCCCAACCAGCAUAGUCGUACAGAAGGUGGAACCAACUAAGGGACCAGACUCAGAACCACCUAUGCUUAUUCAAGAACAGAAGGAGGAGGAAGUUUUUCCUAUGGCAACAAACGACCAUCUCCUUAAUUGUGUCGAAGACACACCUCCAGAGGAACCUGUGCUGGAGGAAAUUAGGCCCACUAUCUACCCCCAAGAUUCCAAUGUUCAAGAGUCUGAGGAGGAAUCUAUAGACGAGGAAAUAUUGUGCAUGGAAAAACCAACUUCAUCUAUAGAAACCUGUGCACAUAAUGCUUUAUCGGAAGAUUCCGACCAAACUUUCUUUGACUCCCAACUUGACGGGUGUGACUAUGUCUGCUCGAAGGAUGGUUGGAACUUAAAGCGUUGGGAUGAACUUCUGGUGAGUGACGGUGAGGACUCUUCCAUGGAGAUAAGAGAACCACUAGGAAUACCUUGCAGAGGAAGCGAAGAAGAGGUCCUGCACGUGGGGAAAAAUGCAAAGUUUCUACCAUCUUCAUUGCUCAUUGAUCCAGCAGUCCUGGUUGAAGUCAGCUACUGAGAGGAUUUUGACCUCCUCAGUAAAUUCUCUUUUUCUCU